AGGGAUCAACAUGCCGAAGAAGCCUACGGUCGGUCUCGCAGUUGGAUCGGAAGCAGGCUGUGAGGGCAUCUUGGGUGGUGGGGCGAGGUCGAACACCUUCGAUAUCACAGCAAGCGGAACGUUCAACCUCGAUGACUUUAAAGUCAAGUCCACUGGGAUCCAACAGACCCCAGCCGGGUCUGGUCCAAUCUCCACGCUACAGAUGAGCGACCUCCAGCUCGAUGAUAAGGCGCUCGGAGAAGGAGCUUCUGGCACUGUCCGACGAGCGUUGCAUCUCCCCACUCAACGACAGAUUGCUUUGAAAGCCAUCAACGUCAACGACAAAGGGAAAUGCGAACAGAUGAUAACCGAGCUGAAGACUUUGUUAGGCGCUCAGAGCAGGGGGGUCUGCCCCAAUCUUGUUGAGUUCUACGACGCGUUUUGGAGCGACCCAGUGAUGUACAUAGCGAUGGAAUUGAUGGACGCGGGAAGUCUUGAUGCAGCUUUGAAGCGCUGCCCCAAGCCGACAGAGGAAGUUGUUUCGAUCAUCACCCGUCAGAUCUUGCAAGGCCUUCACUUCCUCCACAAGGAGAGACACAACAUUCAUCGUGACUUGAAGCCUGGCAACGUCCUCCUCCACUCCUCUGGUGUCGUCAAGCUCGCGGACUUUGGGAUUUCGCGAGCCAUGGACAAUACUAUGGCGCAGGCGGAGACGUUUACAGGAACCGCCAUCUACAUGUCCCCAGAGAGGAUGCAGGGCAAGCGCUACUCCUUCCCUGCUGACGUGUGGGCCGUUGGCCUGAUAGCGACUGAGUGCGUUCUCGGAAAAUAUCCCUACAACGUUCGACCGGACAUGAAAUACUUCGACCUUGUCCUCACCAUCCUCAACCAGAACCCUCCUUCUCCUGGACCUGAGUACUCCGCUGAGUUCAACGAGUUCGUGGCCAUUUGCUUGCACAAACAGGAGCAAAGUAGAGGGACGUGCGAGCAACUGCUUCAGCAUCCUUUUAUCCUCCGUUAUGCACAGAGCCCGGAGACGGUGGUGGCCGAGUGGCUCAGCGGAGAGAAGAUGCAGUCAUGAGGACGCGGCGCCUCCCCCGGCUCUCCUCCUGCCGUCGCUGAGCUCGGCUGAGCACAUCUUGAAGGACCCGGAGAGACUGCGAGUAAAGUGAGAGAUCAGCCCC